ACCGCAGCUAACACUCUUGCCUACCUCAGACCUUGCCCCUUUUCCCCUCUGCUGUCUACUCUAAUGGUGGCAAGCGCACCGAAAUAGUUUGGGCGGUCAGGCCUAGCCACGUGGUUCAGCGUCGUCGCGCACCAGCCACUUCCCUGACGAAGCCAAUCGCAUCUCGCUCCUUCCCCCCCGCUCCCCCGUUUGACUCUACCACUCGAUCCUCUCGUCUGACGAUCAUCACCAACCGUCCACGACCUCAGACGGACUAAACGACUUGACACGACACCGCAACAAGCAGCCCAUCUGGCGUCUAGCUUCCUCCUUGCCACGCGACAUUAGUCUUCUUCAUUGAGAGCUCGCAGAUCAGCUCCACCUGUUUGCCUACACUUAGGGACAUCAACCCACGACCGACUGAGACAGCAUGUUCAUCCUCAACUGGCUUUGGGACGUACUCGCCCAACUGGGUCUCGCCCACAAGAGUGGACGACUCCUUUUCCUCGGCCUUGACAAUGCCGGAAAGACGACCCUUUUGCACAUGCUCAAGAACGACCGUCUUGCCACUCUGCAGCCUACACUCCACCCUACUUCCGAGGAGCUCGCCAUCGGCAACAUCAAGUUCACAACGUACGAUCUUGGCGGACAUCAGCAAGCUCGUCGCCUCUGGAAGGACUACUUCCCCGAGGUAGACGGAAUCGUCUUCCUCGUCGAUGCGGCCGACUACGAGCGUUUCGCCGAGUCGCGUGCCGAGCUCGACGCUCUGCUGGGCAUCGAGGAGUUGAGCAAGGUCCCCUUCCUCAUCCUGGGCAACAAAAUCGACGCUCCCGGCGCGGUGAGCGAGGAAGAGCUUCGUCAGGCGCUCGGGCUUUACCAGACGACGGGCAAGGGCAAGGUGCCGCUCAAGGACAUCAGGCCAAUCGAGGUGUUCAUGUGCUCCGUCGUCAUGCGACAGGGAUACGGUGAAGGGUUCAGGUGGUUGAGCCAGUACAUCUGAGCUCUCGAUGGUCAAUAGGAGGAUUAUU